AUGGCGAGCCCCCCUCACAGCUUGCCCACGCAGCCCUUCGUGCAGGCGGGCGAGCCGCUGCCCGAGUUCCUCCGGACGUUCUGGCAGCGACAAAUCGACACGGCCGAGGCCGAGACGCCCGACUAUCGCCACCCCGCGCUGCCGCUCGCGCGCAUAAAGAAGGUUAUGAAGAGCGACCCCGACGUGAAGAUGAUCGCUGCUGAUGCACCGGUGUUGUUCUGCAAGGCCUGCGAGAUAUUCAUCGCAGAGAUAACCGCCCGCGCGUUCAUCGUCGCCGACGCCAACAAGCGCCGCACCCUCUCCCGCGCAGACAUCGCCAAGGCGCUCGCCAAGUCCGACCAAUUCGACUUCCUCAUCGACAUCGUCCCCCGCGAUGAGCCCUUCGCCGCCCGCGACGGUGCCCCCGGCCCUGGCGGCAAGCGCGACCCGGAGCGCGAACCGUCUGGCUCCAGCGGCGCCGCGGGCUGA